CAUCUUACGCCAAAGAAAGUUCAGUUUUAAACUUGCCGUUGCUGGAUAGCUGUGUGCUAGUUUAUUUGGGCCAAAUCUACAAUAAACAUGUCCUGCCAAGUGAAAUACAUGACACUUACAUUGAUAUUUAGUUCCUUUGCCAUCCUUUGUUACUUUAUUGCCUUGGUUUCAACACACUGGAUACAAAAUGAUGUAGACACGGAAAGGCUAGAACGGCUUGGUAUCAGCAAAGUCUACUGGCGAACAAUCAUGGUCAACGAAACGAUGAUUGGGCUUGGCCCCAGGAACUCGACAGAGACACGCUUGCCGCUCGUUGGUGUGAGCGCUGACGAAUUUUUAAUGCCAACCUCGUUUCAUAUCGCUCAGGCUUGCUACUAUGCACGCAGCAUCAGCUUAGGAUUGUUGGUUAUUUGCCUCUACAUGCAUUCGUGGAAAGCUGACAAUGAGCUAGACGUUGAACCCUCCACAAUCACAAAUUUGAGGGCGAUAUACGCCUGCUGUAUUAUAUCAGCACUAUUAGGAAUGGCUAGUUUAAUUUCCUUCACCAUCUGUAGCGGCUAUGACGAAUGGACACCAUACAGCGAGCACAACUACUUCGGAUGGGCGUUUUACGUUGCAAGUUUGAGUGUCGCAUCGAUGUGGCUGGCUUCAAUUGCUACCCUCGCAGAUGUUUUAUGGCAAAAAAAAGCAAACUACAAUUCAAAGCAAGAUCUUGCGAAUAAUGAAUAUGAAAUGGUCGAUAUGAAGAAAUCUAAAGAAGAAAACGAACCUCUCUAUAUAGAUGUUUAAAUGAAGCUUUUCAUCGACU